GGCACAACUUCCCUAGUUUCCCCUCUGCUCAGUUUCGCUCCAUGGAGAGAUCAGCAAACCUGGACACGGAGGAGCUCAAGAUGACACGAGAGCAGUAUAUAUUAGCAACACAACAGAACAGCCUUCCAAGGACUGAGCAUCCUCAGUUUUACCCAGUUGGGAUUUAUGGAUGGCGAAAGAGGUGCUUAUACUUCUUUGUCCUUCUGCUGUUGGUUACCAUGAUUGUUAACUUAGCAAUGACAAUAUGGAUUUUGAAGGUUAUGAAUUUCACAGUGGAUGGAAUGGGAAAUUUGAGAGUGACUAAAAAAGGAAUACGACUUGAAGGAAUAUCUGAAUUUCUACUUCCAUUAUACGUGAAAGAAAUCCAUUCCCGAAAGGAUAGCCCACUGGUCUUACAGUCUGACAGAAAUGUAACAGUGAAUGCAAGAAAUCACAUGGGACAGUUAACUGGACAACUGACAGUAGGAGCUGAUGCUGUGGAGGCCCAGAGUAAGAGAUUUGAAGUGAGGGCAACUGAAAGUGGAAAAGUACUGUUUUCUGCAGAUGAAGAUGAGAUUGUUAUUGGUGCUGACAGACUGAAAGUAACAGGCACGGAAGGGGCAGUGUUUGGGCACUCUGUGGAGACACCCCAUAUCAGAGCAGAACCUUCCCAAGACCUCAAACUUGAAUCUCCUACUAGAUCUUUGGUGAUGGAAGCACCCAGGGGAGUGCAGGUCAAUGCAGCUGCAGGAGACUUAAAGGCUACCUGUAGGAAAGAACUUCACUUACAGUCUACAGAAGGGGAGAUAUUUUUAAACGCAGAUACAAUUCGCCUGGGAAAUCUACCAGUGGGGUCGUUUUCUUCCUCCUCCUCCUCACCCAGCUCUUCAGCUCCUCGCCAGACUAUCUAUGAGCUGUGCGUCUGUCCCAAUGUUCUGCUCGGUUUCCCUUGUGACAAGUUUGACGCUUCAAACGGCCUGCAGAGCAACUUCUUCCAGUGUAAGCAGGAAUGCAGCGCUGCCUUCUCUUGUGGUUUGUGUUGCCACUCAACAUAGAGAUGGGAGUGAGAUAUUCAGAAAUCAAUGUAUUCCUCAUCAGGAAACCUGGGACAUAAUAUCACCUUUUUUCCAAAAGGGAGAAUAACACAGGUGCCUUUGCUACAUGAAGUGAAGCACAUAAUAGUUUUAGAUUUUUGCAGGACCUGGAUAUGAACUGCACAUAUAUAUAUAUAUAUAUAUAUACACUACAUAAACAAAUUUGCCCAGAAUCUGAUGGUGAGAUGAAUUGGUUCCCCCUGUAUGAUAACUUUACUGUCUGAAAGCACAAUUUUCCAUUCAUCUUUUUGGAUGUAAACUUUUAUCCCUGAAUUUUAAAAUUUUAAAGCAUUGUGUGAUGCUUGCUUUACUAAACAAUUAAAUUCAGUAAAUGGUUUUUAACACAAAAAGAGACAGAAUCCCUCCCUGAGUUUGCUUUCUUUAAAAGUGUGUUCUUAUUCUUUGUCUAGGGUUUCGUCACUAGGUAAAUUUGGGAAGUGUUCAGCAAUAUUACCUUUCAAAGUUAAAAAGGCAUCUGCUCUUUUUUGUCAGAUCUGAAUGGCCUUAUAUAGUAUUUGUGUUGGCUACUGCAUGUGAAGUGAUUGCUUUAAGUAGAGCAUACAGGUUCUGGAAAAGAACAACAGGGCAAAGACAGAAAUACUGAUGGUAUGUUUGUUGAACAGUGUAUUAUUCUUCACAAGGUAUUUAUAAUUGGCAAAUGCAAAACCAAGAGAAAAAUAUUCAAAGGAACAUCUUGUCUAUUUUCUAGCUACACCUAACUGCUGCCAUUUGAACACAGUACAAACCUCAGUAUUAAUGUGAUGUGUAAUGCUGAGAAGCAGUACACUAACAACUGGUAUGACAUUCGCAUUUAUUAUUCUCUUUUGUUUACCAUCUGCUGCUAAGGUUUUCAAAGAAACAGUAAUAUAUAUAAAAACACGCAUUAAAUGACAUUCAGUAUUAAAAAGUACAUUGAUAUUGCAUUAACUUUAUCAGGUCUGUGUUUAAAUUAUGCAGCCCCACUUGCACUCAGAUCUCACUACUGGCUUUCUUCUUUGGCAUAUGGGAUUUCUUUCUUGUAUCGAUGUUCAUACUUGUUUGGCUUAGUUGGUAAUUGAAAUUUUAUAAAAAAUGCUUUGGUAUGCUGCUAGGAAAUUUAUCAUAACAUUGAUUAACAAGAGUAUCUUGAAACUUGCAGAACCCAGGAAUGUAAAACAGUAUAAAAAUGUUUGCUAUUGUGGAAGAUGGCUUGAUUACAUGAGGUAAGUGUGCUUUCUAAUUCUGUCCUUCAAAUUAUAUCACCUAUCAUGAAACUUUAGAGGCCUCAGAUUGUAAGACCACCAACGCAAUGAUGACUUUUGCAAGGUAACUCUAAAGUCAGGGCAGACAGUGUAAGGUGGGUAUUUCUACACAUGGGUUUUUUUGGUUGUUUGUCUUAGAGAAAAAUACGAAAAUGAGCAAACUAAUACUGUGAUUACCUUUGCAUUUCAUUACCACCUAAUAAGGUUGAUUUUGGUUUCACUUCAGGUGAAAUUCACUCCUAUGCAGAGGUCCAGCACAAGACAUGUCCAUGGCUUGACUGGUGCUUCCCUUUCCAUUGGCCCUCUUCAGAGGUGUGAAUUUCCCCCAUAGCAAGAAUUCUGCACUUGCUGUUUCUACCAGUUAAAUGAAGAUUUCUAAUUUGUUAUUUUAUCUCUUUAAAAUAAGGCUGUUAACAGCUGAUUUGUUAUUUCAUUGAGAAUUUUAUUCUACUUGGAAAGAAAAUAUAUUAGAAAAUAUAUUAAAAUCCUGAAGAUUUUUAGUAGGAGGGACAGAAAGAGAUACAUAUGACAAAGAAGUUGAUAAUAAAACAUUAGAAAGUGUAGCUGUACAAUACGCCCUUAAAACUGUAGGGAAACAGAUGUCUUUUUCUAAUGCACACAAAGAAUAGAAUAUGUGGACAAAUAGUAUUCAGGAGGAAAGUAUAUAGAUCUAUAUGAGGACACAUCUAUAUGUAUUCGUUUCUGUGCACACCAGCAUACACCGGCAGCCUAAAUGAUUAGCAGAUUAUAGUGACUAAUAUAUUUGGUGAAUAAAUUAUGGCUUCUUACAAAUUGCACACAGUAGACUAGGAUGUGUUUCUCUCCUCAAAUAAACCCACAGGAUGGCUUGCUGAUACUUUGUCAAUUUUCCACUGAGAGUUUCUUAUUUGUUUGCUCCUUACCUUGUGCGAUUACUCACCUGUAAUACAUAUGAAAAAGGUUUUUGCCCUCUGAAUUAAAAGACCCAACCUUUACAAAUUUUACACAAACUUAGGCAGGUAGGAGAAAAUAUCUUUUGUUACUAGAUUAAUUUUAAAAGAAAGGCUGGAAUAAUUUACCACUUUGCAUGAAGAAAAGUAAGGGCAAAGGUGCAGGUGGCACAGUGGACUCAACAAAACCAAGCCAGUAAAUCCCACAUAGCUCUGCACCAUCAGGAUUUUCUUGCUUGGAGUCCCUUCAUUCUAAGGUAGAGAGUAUUUGAGAGCUUCAGCAACCCAUGAAAUAGCAUAAUGAGUUCUCAUAAUGUCUUAAUAUUCUGAUGAAUAUCAUAAUAUUGAUGUUUUACUUUAAAUCCACUGCAAACUGUAAGAAAGGGAAAAUCUCAGGUUUUAUUUUAAAGAAUAUUUCUAGCCCACAUGAUUUCAGAGAGUAUUGGAAAAGUUAUUUCAAUGCAUUUAGAGAACUAAAAAAAUUGAAGCGCUAAUAAUCUGUAAGCAGCAUCAUUCCUGAGUGGAAGGAGAAACAGACCCAGUGGUUUUGAAUGUUUGGAGCUGGCAAUAGUGAAAACCUCAAUAGCCAAGUUCUACUUACAGUAUGCCCCCAAAAUAUGACAAAAUAUGACAUAAUUCUACAAUCUCAUUUCAGAUGGAAGGAAACUAGAAGAUCUUAAUGUAAAUAUAUUUAAAAAUGGAGCCAUUAGCUGUGCUAUUUCAGUGAUCGUUUUAUAAUGACGAGGUAAUUUUUUUACAAAGCCACAAGAUAUUUUCAGAUUCUUUUUGUCACCUUCAUCAUACAUUCUUGGCCCUGUCUCCAAAUUACUUCAGCCUUUGUUGGCUAUUUAUAUUUGACAGGUUAUGAUUAAGCCCCAAUGAAUGCUUCUCUAGGUAGAGUGUUUAUCUGAAUGAAUAUUUUGAUUGUGUAUUUUAGAAAAGAGAUGUCACUUAUUCUGGUUAAGGCAGGAGUUUCCCACUAAGAAAUCACUCUGUUGUGACAAUUGUAGGGAAAAAAAUCAAGAUCUUAGGAUAUUCUUAAGCACUAAUGUUAGUGCGAUUAAAAAAAAGAAAAGGCAUCUAAAAUAUUCCUCUGAGGUUUUUUAUAGUAUAUGAAUACAGUAUCAAAUAAAGCUCCUUUUUGUACUAGAAUGUUUGUAUGGAAACCUCUAAGAUGGUAUUGCAGCUGUUUAACUUCUUCAGCGCUGUCCUUAUAACAACAGUGAAAUAUAUGGAAAGACCUUAUUAGCUACAUGUAUUUGAUACAGUAGAUUUAUCUUCUGUAAAAACAUCUGUGUCAUAAUAUUAUAGGAUACUGUCUCUUUCUUGUUAAAAAAAAAAUAAAAAAAUAAAAAAAUAAAAGCAUCAGCCAACCUCUGA